AGCUUCCUCUGAUCUCCCGGCUUUGGGCAUGGCGCGUCAUGGCUUCGCUCCUGGUACGCGGCGCCGGCUGGGAAGCGGCAGACGGGGUCUACGCCGCCGCCGGGCAGCACCAGGGCGAGGUCCUCUACGCCAGCGCCGGGGGCUUUGUGGUGAGCCGCGAGGUCGAUGAGGCCUUCGCAGGCUGGGUGCUGGGGCUGGGUGGCCAUGCGCUCUACGUCGCUCCGGAGCUGCUUGGGCCCUGGCGCGCGGUGCCGGGCUGGGGCAAAGAACCCGCCCCAGAGCUGCAGCAGGCCGCCGACAUCACGUCGGCGACCUUGGCCGAGAUCCGCCGGCGCAUGGCAACAGCCGAGGAGCUGGACGAUGACCAGCUGGAUUUGGCCGAAGAUCUUUGGGACAGUUGCCUGGAGGAUUUGGACCACCUCCUGGACCAGUCCGAAGAUGCGCGUUCCCUGGGCGUUUCGCUCCGCGGCCGCCUGGCGUGCUUGCCGCAGCGGAGGGCGGACCGCGCCCGGCGGCUUGGCGACCAGGCGGCCCGGGCAGAGGAUUGGCACGCGGCGCAGGAGCACUUGAGCGAGUGCCUGGGUCACUUGGAGCACGAGGAGUCGGAGGACAUGAAGACGGAAGUCUGCCAACUUCUAAGGCAGUGCCCUGUGAACAUCGCGCGGUCUCUGCUCAAGGAAGCCUGGACCUGUCUGGAGAGGUCAAACUGGGACGCCUGCGAGUCAUCCCUGGACUCCGCCAAGGAGGCGGCCGCCCUUGCGGCCGGCGACGAGGCGGUUUCCAUGGAGGUGGCGCGGUGCCGGGAGCAGCUCCGACUGCGCCAUGCGGAGGAGCUGCGGCGCUGGGGCGCGGAGGCGGAGGCGAAGGCGGAGCCGUUGGCCGCGCAGCGGUGCUAUGCUGCGGCGCUGGCGCGCCUAGCCGAAGGAGGCGAGGCAGGCGCAGGCGCCGCGAAGGAGCUGCGGGAGGCGCAGCGGGGUUUGGCGGCGGCGCACAUGGACCAGGCCGUGGGUCUGCUGGCGGAGGCCCAGUGGCAGCUGCUGGAGCAGGAGCUGCAAGCUGCAGCCGCCUGUCUGGAGGGCGAGGCCGCGGGCGGCGCGGGCAGCGCCUUGCAGGUGGAGCUUGGGGCGCUGCGGCGGGCGGCGGCGGAGGGGAGGAUCUCCGAGCACCGGCGCCAGGGCGAAGAGGCUGCAGAGCGCGGCGAGUGGCGCCAGGCCGACGCCUGCUGGGCGCGGGCCUUGCAGAUGCUCGGGGAGGAGCCGCAGGAGGAAAACCAGGAGCUGCGUGGGGAGCUCCGGCGACAGCGCUGCUGGGCAGCCCUCACCAUGGCUGCUGAAGACAUGAAGCAGGGCGACCUGAGCAGAGACACUGGCGACAUCUUCAAAGCAGAUGAGUGCUACUCCAAUGCGAUAUCUGUGCUGGCGACUCAUGAGGGCGAGGUGGUGCCAUUGCGCGGCUUGCUGCUUCUGAAGCGGGCCGAGGUGCUGCAGCGGAAGUGGCAACACAAGGAGGCCCUUGCAGACUGCCGGGCCGCCUUGAAGUGCGGGGUGCACAAAGCGGAGGUGCUGCUGUUGGCUGCGGAGGCAUGCAAGUCACUGCAUGACAAGUCCGCGGAGGUGGCUCGACAUUGCAAGGCGGAUGCUGUGGAGGAGCACUGGCUCGAGCAAGGGGUGCGCUUCCUGGAGACCGCUGCCUGCGAGCGGCCCGGCGACCACGCGCUGCAGCGCCGGCUUCGGUCCUGGCGCCGCCAGGUGCCUCCGAAGCCACAGCCGGUGCCAAUGCCGCCCUUUGACUGGAGCUCCGUGCCCAAGGCCGAGAAGGCCAACUACUUUGGCCACGUGGAGGGCCGCUCCCCGGGCUUCAACGACUCCGAGCUUCGGAAGAUGUGGGAGGAGCUGCGCAAAGAGAGCGGGGCAAUGGCCAUCAGCAAGAGCACCUUCCUUCGAGCAGUGCGGCACUUCAGUGGCGCCAUUGAGGAGGAGGAAGCCUUGGCAUUGUGGGAGGAGGCAGAUGCAGACAAGGAUGGCCUCCUGAACUUUGCGGACUUCAAGAGGAUCAUGAGCUUCGAUGACGCUUGAGCUAUGGCUACGGGUGCCCUGUGGUGAUCGCUUCCUGGGCCCGCCGGCCCCGGCCUUUUCCGUGCGGAAAAGCGGCGGGGGCGGAGAUAGGUGUCAGGAGCAAGCGCUGGUGUGUGUUUGAAGCUGAACUCACUCCCUGAGUUCAUGGACUU